AUGCAGAAAGUAUCGGCGCUACUUCCGGCGCAUUACCACACUUCUAGUGCAUCUGCCAUCCCCGAGUUCCAAUCACCCACAUCCUCCUGCACCCACAAAACGCAUCUCAACACCUUCAUUGAGAAGUUUUUGACCAUAGCCGCACGCCUGCGCAAGCGAAAGGCCCAAGAUGAUCUGCCGGUCAAUCCUCCACAGCGACAGAACAAUGCGACAGCAUCGCCGAAGGCGAAAGGCAGCAAGAGGGUUAAAGUUGGCAAUGCUGGAUCAGUUCAACUCCUGAACCCGGCGUGCGCCGCUCAGGGUGCGCGUAUCGAAGCGAUUAGUCUCGCGAUCUCCGACACCCUCGCGCGAAGCCAUAACAUCACUAGCAAUGGGGGUCAAGAUCAGUGCUUAGAGGACGCUGCUGUCGCCCCCACCGACCCUAUCACGCUUGAUCGAAGGAGCGUUACUACUAUUACCACCAAGCCUCCAAAGGUAGCCGCAAACGCAACCAAAGGAACUGUAGCUGCGCCGAAGAAAGCAGAGCCAGAAGGCUCCAAGGAGGAUCAGAAGGGAGCAUCUCCUAAUGAUAGCGCAAACACCGUUCAAACAAACCGUCGCCCACAACGUCAGCGGAAGCCCACCGUUCAAGCACAACAAAAUGACCAAAUGGAAGACCUCAUCACCCCGGAAAGUCGCGACGAGCGGAGAUUGGCCCGAUGGGCGGCGGAAGCGGCAGGUGUACCGACUGAACUCCCGCAGGACAUUCAGCAUGCUAUACAGCAAGAGGCGGCGAGGAAUGAUCUCGAUGCUCAGCGUCCUCAGGAUGCUGCGACGACUCGUCUCGCAGUAGCGCAUGCGACAGCUCUCCAGAGCGUCCGCGCGACAGCAGAAGAUGUGGACUUCCUUCCCCAACCCAAUCAGAAAUGGCCACAACUGACUAUCGCCGCGCCGGAUGGGCCACAGCCCAUUGUUCUACCAAAUCAUCCAGACGGUUAUUCUGUCGCUCUGAGAUAUGCCAUGCAGAUGGGAAAGGAACUCCAAGAGGCCAACGCGAUCGGCAACCAUUUCGAGAAGGACUGGACCGUCGGACGCUACCUGGAAAACGUCACCUUCAUCGAGCAUGCGCACAUAUGGAUUCCGGGGUCGGGAGAAGGCCUCACCCGACCGAUCGAUCUUCUGCUUGGGCUUAGUGACCACAACACCAAGAUGACCGUCGUCAAUGACGGCCGUCUCCAGCGUGGCGGUCUGGGAGACGGCGUCAUGGCCGAUGCGAACGGCCAACUUGUUGGCACAUGGAAGUAUCGUCCUCUGACCACAACGUACAAGCCAUGUGAAGCUUGUCAAAACCUGUACAGGAAGAACAAGCAAUUUGAGAAGGGCGACCCUCGAAUAGUCAAGCGAUGCCACUUCGCUUGCCAGUAUCACGAAAACCCAAGGCAGGACCUGGUCGUACACAGCGGCAGGUAUCGUGCCGUGUCUUUUCAUGACGUUCUUAAGCUGCCCAAGCGAAUGGUCAUAUCUCCAGACGACUUGCGCGAGCUUGGGACUAAGUACAAUCACACCGAGGCAGUACUGAACGGACGUGCGGCAGAGGACAUCAAGAAGAAUGCGCGUUCGCGAAAGACAGAUAUUGCGGAUCCUGACCCUCGAGUGCUCACAGAUGGAGAUCCAGUGCAAGACGAGCAGGAAUUCAUCUGGAUCAAGAUACACUGCUGUGAAAAGAUGAUCCCACUUCUUCAGCGUGUGAAAAAUCAAAUUGACCGAACAGCGCCUGAGAAGCGACGUUUCAUGGUCAUUCCCGCAAAUUUCGCUGGGACUAGCGAGGCUCUGCCUAGGAUGGCUAUCCGCGACGUGUACGGCAAAGCCUCUGGGGACGAACUGAUGAUCGAAAUCCAACGACAGCCUAUAUUGAUGAUACCGAUCGUUCUUGAGGGUCUGCACAAAAAGCUAGAGGGUCUUAAAAAGAGGAUCCAGGAGCUGCAGCCCGAUUGGAUCGAGGAGCGUCAGGAUCACCUGGACCGCCUGGAGAGCGAGUUUACCAAGCAACAUGAAGAGGCUUUGAAGACGAGGAAACGUGACAAUGCAACUAUUGCGGGAGAGAGGCGUCGCUUCACCACUCAACAGGCCGCAUAUGAAGCCCGCAUGCUUGCACAGGUCCGGAUCAUCGAAGAGAGUGUCAGAGUUCAUAAAAAACGCGUAGGGUAUGAUGAUCCUCUGCCAAUGUCGCUGCCCCCUCAGACCCACAACCAAAGCGGACCUCGAUUUGUUGAUAAAAAGGUGCCAUCAUCCUUGGAUCAGUUCACGGAGUCUUACGACCGGCGAACGUCGUUUCCUCAGACACAAAACCAAAGCGAUCCUCGCUAUGUGGACGACAGGUUGGCCCACGGCUCGAAACACUUCACCGCGUCCUACAACCGAGCGGUUAUGAGUAGCGUACACUAUCAGCUAUCGGAGGAAGAGGAGCGCAUUCAGGAGACACAGGCCACGCUUGCUAUUGAAGAUGCCAACACUCUGGGUAAAAUCGCACUGGGUCAUGCCGGUGCAAGUCAGAAAUCCUACGCAGAGCGGUUCUCCGAUAUGUUCAAACAUCUGUACCCAUUCGAGGAGCUACCUAAUACCUUGCCUACGGGCCCACAUAAUAAGAACUUUUGUACCUUGGAAGACAGUUCCUUUUCUACGCGGAUCCCUGAAGUCCGAGCGGACAAUCCAACCACGCCCGCUGCUGAGACUGUUACCCUGCCACCAGCUGGUGGUCCGUUGGCUAGCAACGCUGAAGGGUCUUCUGAAGAGAUUGAGGCUGCUGUUGAAGCAGUGGAGUCCACUGACCAGAACGCAGAAACUGGUGGACCCGACCUCGAUAUCCAGUACUCUUCGAACGUGCUCACAGAGGGUACAAGCAAUGGACUCGGCAGGAACCUUCGCAAGAGGAAGAGGGACUCAUUCCUCGAAGGAGUCGACGAAGAGUCCGAUUCACCAAACAACCGAACGAAUGACAACGAUAGUAGUCAUGAAUCAAACGUCGGCCAAGAUGACACACGAAAUGAAAAAGGCGUUGGAAGGGCACUCAGGCCCCGUGGAGUUAAGAUUGCCCAGGCACCAGCCCACAAGAAAGCCCGGAUGGACACCUCAUCCUUCCAAGCAGGCCCUGCCGGUGAUGCGAAAGACGUCUCCCAAGCACUGGAAGACAACUCGGUCGGCGCAGCAAGCGCCUCAAAACAGGUAAUCCCCAAAGUCGAAGGCGAUGAAGACGAGAAAGUCUCAGAUGAGGAUAAGAAGAACUGGGAGGUACUAGACGCCGACGAUCCCGCCUACGAGCGAGACCAACCAAGGGAGAUAGUUGUCCGCCGGAGGCAUAAGAUCACCCAGGAAGUGGUGGUAUGGCGAUACAAGCACGCAGAUCAAGUGGAUUGGUCCGACCAGAAUUGGAUCACCUUUAUCAACGGAUGGCGACGCCAAUACAUCCGUCGUUGUGGUGGCAGCCACAUCGUUGGCUAUGACCGCCGUCCGUGGACUCAGGAGGAACUGGAUUGGAUCGAGGCGGAGAUCCGAAAGGAGGUUCGAAAUAGGGCUGGGGGCGAAGAGGCAUUCAGGUCUCGUCCUGGCUGGGCAGCAAUGUUUAGGCGCUUCCAGGCGAAAUUUGGAGAGAAGACGCGCACGUCAGCGGGGUUCAACACGAAGUGCACCCGCUUCAUGAAGGAGUUUAAGAAUGAUGGCGGCGAGAACGAGCAGGAUGCUCAAAGAGAGACUGACAGCGCUGAUCUCAGGGAUCCUAACAACAACUCCGAGUCCACGAGUUUCGAGGGCGGCAUUAGCACCGAAGAUGCCACGAAUGACGAGGAUACUACUGCUCCUACUGAGCAUACUAUUCUUGUUGGGUCUGGAGCUAACACCGCUCCUACUCCCCCAAUAAUCACAGCUCGUCGAGAUGGAGAGCGCUUUGUCUUCGUGAUUCGGGAGUGGAGCUCUGCCGGUCGUAUUGAUAGUGAAAACGAGGGACAAUCACUAAACAACGCCCACUUGAGAACAAACAACACUACUAGCAGAAAGCGAAAGCGCGUCGAGGACGCCAACGACAGCUCUGUCGCUCCAGAACAUCGUCUUAAGAGAUCAAAGACUGAGAACAUCUCGGAUCGAGACAAGGAGAUGGAGGAUCGGGGUGCUGGGGGUGAAGCGGGUAGAGAAAACAUAGAGGAAGAGCCCUAA